AUGGAAAAAUUACGUAAACCACAAUGGAAAACAGCAAGGGAUCUCACCAAAGAUAAUUUCAAUAUAAGCUCUAAAUGGGAAAACGAUUGGGCAAUAGAAAAUCCAGAUAACCAAAAACUGGUGAUUAACUCAUCUACCAAACAACAGGGAUUUAACCUUGAAAGAAAUACUUGGGUAACACUAAAGCAUAUUAGAACUGGUCAUGGUAGAAGUGGUCACAUGAUGGACAAAAUACAUAAAAUUAGACCUGUUAUAGAAACUCUAAAAAAAAGAUUUAGUAGUAUCCCUAUAGAAGAAAACUUGGCAGUUGACGAACAAAUUUGUAGCACUAAAGCAAGAAGUUCACUUAAAGUUUAUAUGCCAAAUAAACCACAUAAAUGGGGGUAUAAAUUUUUUGUACUGAGUGGUGCUUCAGGAUUUGCAUACAAUUUGGAGUUCUGUACUGGUCAGGAGAAUAAUUCUGAACUUAGAAAAAUAAGUGAACCAGACUUAGGUGCCAGUGCCAAUGUUGUUGUGCGCCUUUCAAGAGUAAUACCUAUAAAUCUGAGACACAAAUUAUUUUUUGACAACUAUUAUACCACAUUACCACUACUAGUUUAUCUAAAAAAAAGAAACAUUCUAUCUUUAGGAACUGUUAGGAGAAAUAGAUUAAAAAAUGUUAUGUUGCCUGAUGAUUCCUUACUAAUGAAAAAGCCAAGAGGUACGACUGCUCAUUGUGUGUCAAAGGUCAGAGGUAUUGAUAUUGUUGCUGUUACAUGGAAAGACACAAAAAUUGUUAGUUUGCUAUCAACAUUUGCUGCUGUAGAUCCGGUAGUCAAARUUAGUAGGUUUGAUAGAAAACAAAAAAAAAGGGUAGAAGUUGAUUGUCCAAACAUAAUAAAAGUAUAUAAUAGGCAUAUGGGUGGCGUUGACUUAUUAGAUGGGUUGCUUGGGCGCCAUAAWAUAAAAAUGAGAAGUAGAAAAUGGUAUAUGAGAGUUUUUCAUCAUUUAUUGGAUGUUACCAUAGUAAACUCAUGGCUUCUCCAUAAAAGAAUUCAAAAACAAAAACAAGACACAAAUGUUAUGUCAUUAGUACAUUUUAGAGAACAGCUAGKUUUAUCUCUUUGUAAAAUUGGUACUUCUAUAACUCCAAAACGUGGCCGUCCAACUAAUGAUGUACAAGAAGGUAUAAUUAAAAAAGGUAAAAUGGGCACUAAAAUAGGACAACAUGCUCCACCUAAAGAGGUAAGGACUGAUAGAACAGAUCACUGGCCAGUUGAAAAUGAAAAAAGGACAAGAUGUAAGAACCCAGGUUGUAAAGGCAAUACUUUUAUGAUGUGCAAUAAAUGUCAAGUAAACUUAUGUUGUGGCAAAGGAUUGGCUUGUUUCACUAAAUGGCAUACAACAUAA